AUGCCAGCCCAGAGAACAGAGCAAGGUCAACCCCAUCCCGAUCUCUCUAUCGCUACUGAGCCUAAUGACAUCGAAGCGGUUCCCACGCUCCUUCGGGAGAUAACAGAAGCCUACGACGCCUUUACUACCAGUAAUGCAGGAAGAGAUGACUUGCUUGCCAAAUGUCGCACCUUGGUUCAAGCUUUGGAAACUCCACGGGAAACUAUGAUCUAUCACUGUUGGGCGCAUGCAAGUACUCCGCCGUUCCCUUUGUGCCUUGUAGACUCAAUAGGAUUGACUGGCAGGCAGACUGGUGUAAUGGCUGGCCUAAACUUUGGUGUGGACUCGGGUUUGUGGGAACUCAUGGCGCAGGGCGGCGACAAGUCACAAAAAGUGGGCGAGUUGGCAGACAAGCUUGGGAUUGAUCCUGUACUUUUAAGCCGACUACUGCGCCAUCUCAGCGCCACUGGAUAUCUCAUCGAGACUGGCGUGGACGAAUACCAGUUGACGAAUUACAUGAAGGCGAUGAGCAUUCCGGCGAUUGGCAAUAGCUACCUUGCUAUGCUUUCCUGCACAAGUGCCGGUCCUAUGAGAUUCCACGAGUUCUCCCGAAAGCGAGGCUGGGUGAAUCCCAACAACGCAAAAGACACCGCACUGAUGUACGCAUACGGAACGACGAUGGAUACCUUUACAUGGCAACAGUCUCUAGGUUAUGGCUCACAUUUCAGUGACCACAUGAGCGGCUACGCCCUUGGCUCUUUGCCCUGGAUGGCUCCCAGCUUCUACUCAGUGAAAGAGAGGCUGAUCGACGGCGCUGACACGGAUCCAGACGCUCCGUUUCUCGUUGAUAUUGGCGGAAACGUGGGUCGUGACCUAGAGCUGUUUCACAAAUUUCACCCCAAGGUCCCAGGGAAGCUGAUCCUUCAAGAUCUACCCGUGAUCAUAGGUCAAAUCCAGGAUUUAGAAUCGUCUAUUCUCCGUAUAGAGUACGAUUUCCAUACGAAACAGCCCGUCACUGGUGCCCGAGCCUAUUAUUUGCAUAAUUGCUUGCAUGACUGGCCAGACGAAGUAUGUGAAAGCAUUCUUGCGCAGGUGAAGGCUGCCAUGAAGCAUGGAUAUAGCAGGCUAUUGAUUCAUGAGCAUGUGAUACCAGAAACAGCUGCCUCAUGGGAAGCCACGGCACUCGACAUGGUUAUGCUGACACUUAUGUCUGCUCAAGAACGGACACGUACAGCUUGGUAUGACCUCAUUGAAACGAGGGCGGGCCUUACCAUUAAUAAGAUUUGGAACGGUGGCAAGGGUUCCCAGAGUCUGAUCGAGUGUGAGCUAUCAUUUGACAGUGCAAUUUGA